AUCGUUGGUGUCAGUGGGAGGAAUAGUGCCCCCCAUCGUUGGUGUGUCAGUGGGAGGAGGAAUAGUGCCCCAUCAUUGGUGUCAGUGGGGGGAGGAAUAGUGCCCCAUCAUAGGUGUCAGUGGGGGGAAUAGUGCCCCAUCAUUGGUAUCAGUGGGGGGGAGGAAUAGUGCCCCAUCAUAGGUGUCAGUGGGGGGAGGAAUAGUGCCCCAUCCUUGGUGUCAGUGGGGGGAGGAAUAGUGCCCCAUCCUUGGUGUCAGUGGGGGGAGGAAUAG